GUUUGAUCUAGUGUUUCCAGUUCGUGAUACACAGUUACCUCUAGUAAUCAUUUUUAGUUUUAAAAAAUUCCGAUCAUGCCUCCCCAGAUUUUCCCGGGAAUCUGUUCCACUUCACCUCUUGUUUCCUCCAAAAGGUUUCUUUUUGAAAUUUCUUCAGCCUUAUUGAAUACUGUUGCUCAGGUUUCUUUUUUUUAUUGGGAAAUUCCGGGCACUGCACAAAUAAUGCCAUCUCACGCAUGCCGUCGGUGAUUUUUUCUAUUUUUUCUUGACAAAGCGGUUUUUAGGCCGCAUGGCCAACAUACGAGCAGUAUUUUGUUUAAGUUUGAUACUUUUACAUGAUGUUUUCUGCGUUCACCAUUGGAAGAUUAGCGACGACAAGAAACGCAUCGAAGCUGUGCCCGACUCGCCAUACACUCUUGCUUAUCCUGGUUCCCUUAUCGAGUUUCUUCGGCAGGUGGAAAGCGUAAAGAAAUUCGGUAAAACUGCUGAUGAGCUGAACUCGGUGUUGAAAUCCAUAAAUGAUCGUGAACUGCGAGAUGAUCCAAAACUAGAGCAACGUCUUCGAGUCGAAAAUGAACACUGUAAAAUGUCUGGUGCCAUUGGGCUGGAUCGUUCCAACUUUAAGACGUCUUAUUCAGCCGAGCUUUGUCCGGACUUUCACAAAUAUUAUGAAAGAUACACGGCAUUUGUGAAGGAGUAUUUUGAUAUGACACCUGAUGAUGAGAAACUUUUACCGCGGUGUCGACAGUGGCAUCAAGAAGGGCAACUAAGAGGAUUGCCGAAGGUUGAAAACGAAUCGAAAAUGAACAUACGAGUACCAGAUUCUGAUUAUGCCGAGAUUUUCAAUGGUUAUUUCCCCCGCAUUAAGAAAAUCGCUUCUGCAUCCUCGCCAGAGUACGGCGCAAUCAUCGCAGGGCUUCUCUCGAAUAAGCUUGAUACAAUCAGUGCUCAUCCCUAUCUUCACCUAGCAGCAGCCGCAUAUUGGAGACAAAAUGGCGAUUUGAAUGAGGCUUUAAGUUGCUAUAGGACUGCUGCGGUUUAUGCAGAACAAUCUGUAGUGAAAGGCGAAGAAAGUGCACAAAUCAGCCUUGAUGCACUUCAUAUCGCAGCUGCAACACUAUUCAAUAAAGCAGAUCUUCCAGAUUAUGCGAUAGCCAUAUUGGAGCACUCGUUUGCGGAGGACGAUGCUACUCCUCGAUCACCAUGUGUGUCUCUAAAAGCGCAAGCUGCAUUGGCUGAUGCAGCAUAUCUCAAAUUAGAUGCUACAAAAGCUCAAGGCAUAGAAGUAGAGCAAGUGGCUGAUUUCGCACGAGUAGUUACCUACUUUUCAGAGCCUUUCAUGAAAAAGCUGCUAGUGCCACCAAAUGAUUCCAACUACGUCGCGGAGUUGCUGAAGUUACACGAAGUUCUUCUGAAGAAGUUGGGUGCUAUGAGUUGUCAAAUUGACCUCUUUGUGGAGUUGGCAAAGCAGAAGGAGAAUCUUGAUCAUCUGGUCUCAGAAAAGUUGCGCUUCAACGACAUAUAUGGCGAUCAGUUGAAAAUCGCUGACCAGAUAAGAGAGCGCAUAGUGAACGAGAAACUGCGGCGUUCCAUGGUAUUGGGAUAUGAGGAAGCCAAGUAUGGAUACAAUCCAUACAGAGUGUGCAAGAUAGUCAGUGCAAAACGCUUUCCUCGAUCUAGUCAUCCGGGUAAUGUGGUACAAAUAUACUAUUGCGAGGUGACUGAUCCAGUUGCUUACGAAGAGUCAAUGAUGCCGUUAAGAAAGGCAACUGCUAAAAACAGACCUUUGCUUAACGACACAGCUUGGCGUGUUGCUGAAGUAUUCGCCAAGGACAAGAUGUACGACAAGAAACUGGAAUCACUGAGAGGGAAAGCUCCCCUAGGGCCUCAGAUGCCGCGGAAAUACCCAUUAGACAAUGCAUCAUGGUCCACAGUGAAGGAUCGUUUCUGGCGUCGCGCUGAUUGGCCAAAUAGUGUAGAUUGUCAGGCAAUCGUAUCGCGAACGGAUAUAUUCAAUCAGAAAUGGUUUCCACAGGUCUUCAUCAGCCCAGAGAACAAGGGAUAUGUCAUCGCUGAUUAUCUCACUCGCGGGAUUGGUUUGGAACCGCAUGAGGAUCAUCCGUUACCUUGGCGGGAGCCAUAUUGCAAGCUAGUGGAUAUGGUUGGACAUGAACUUAGUGUUUUCACCGGAAUCGUUAGUGCUGUUAACACACGACCCUCACCUGAGUAUGCAGAAGUCCGUCUGAAAUCUGUUCUUGUUCGACUUGCCGAUCGCAUCAUGGAGGAUAUCGAGAUUGCGCAAAGAAUUCGUUCGAUGAUGGAGUAUAAUGUUGGCCCAAGAUGGCUAUCAACGAAUUUGGCUGCGCUAUAUUGGCGAGUGAAAGGGAAUCCGAAGCAGGCGGCAUUUUGUUUGAUUGAGGCAAUUUUGGAACCGAACGCAUAUACCGAUAUUGCUUUCGUCCAGCUGGCACAGGUUGUCCUCAGAGUUACUGGUCAAAGAGGAGAUCCUGCAAAACUCUUGCAUUUUGCAAGCAAUGCGGAUCCACAAGAGCCACUCGUCUACUGGCUUCGUGCACGUCUUGCUCUCUUGUCGAGUGAUGUUGAUGAGGCGCUGAAGUUUCUCAAGUUAUCCUUAGACAGAGACCCGUUCAAUAUGGUCGUCGCCGAGGAUUUGCUGAAAGUCGCUUGUAGCGGCAAGUCAUCAAAGCUGGUUAUCUCGUCGCGUUUUCCAACAGUUUGCUGCUCACCUGUAGUGCAGAAUGCUGUGUGUUUCAAGACUGGACACAAGCGCGGUGAGCAGUGUUAUGUGGUAGAUACAGAAAGCGGCUCUGGACGCUUGAUUUACAAUCGUUGCAAUGGAGUCUACACUGGAGCCAGUUAUCCAACAGCUCCGUACGUAAAUAUAGUUUCGCCUUUCUUGCCGAUCUAUAGCACAGUUUCGAAGCGCGACGGGCCACCGUUUACUGAAGACGAGAGCAGCGUCCAGACAAUCGACACUGAGGAGUUACCCCUCGAUUAUGGCGGCUCAGCGGCCUUCUUCGCCCCAAGGCCAGUAGAAUGGUGGACUCGUGCCAAGAACGAAAUGCGAUACGUAAUAGCGAGUGGAGAAAGUGACAUCGAUUCUUGGGAGGAGGAUGUAGAGAGUGAGUUAGCCGAAGUGCCACCGAAACCGCUGUCAUUCCUGUGGAUCAAGGACCGCAGAGAGAUGCUGCGCUACGAUGCAAAACUUCCACCACUCUUACCAUCACCAUCUAUGCAUCAGAUCAGAAAAGGCUUAUCAUUGUUUCCGCCACCUAGACAAUCUCACAACCUCUGCAGUGGAGUAAAGAAACUUUCAAUCUUGCUCGAAAAUCAAGUCUCAACCUGGGUAUCGGUGACGGCAAAAGGUGAAGAUAUCGCUAAAUAUGUAGACCUGAGAGGACCAGUUCCCGGAGUGGCUGGCUUGCAACCUGUGUGUCCAUCUGUCGAUGAACGUGAAUAUUCUCCUUUAUUGGGCCUUGAUCAUCUCCCAGCAUUCGCUCUCAGUGACCAGUUCUUGUUCUAUAAGCCUGAGAAAGCUCUUACAGAUGCUCUAAAAUCAUUGGGGAACGAAAGAGAUUCCAUCGAACACGUAUCAGCCAGGUUGCACACCGCUCUAGUAGCGAACGGAAUGGGGAAAAACGGUCAAACGGUAAACUGGCUACUCUGUGUGCUGUCUUCACUCUACUGGCGAGUUGUCGGUGAUGCACAGAAAGCCGUAGGUUGUCUACAAUGUGCGCUACAGACAGCGCCGCAACACACGAGAGACGUCGCAUUGGUAUCCUUGGCAAAUAUCUGCCAUCAAGCUGGGCUUCUUCAUUCUGCUCUCAUUGCCGCAGGGACAGCUCUUUCUGCUAGUCCCAAUCUCGUAGCAAUUCACUUCACCAUCGCAAAUAUAUAUGCUUCUAUGGGUGAUUACCAACGAGCGCUCGAAUUCUAUUAUUCGACGUUGUCACUACAAAUGAAUUUCGAACCAGCGAAAGAAAGAAUCCGUGCUAUAUAUUGUCAUUCUGGAAAGAAGUUUGAUUUCCAAGCUGUCUGAAUUUGCUUGUUAAACAGAGUUUUUUUUUUCUCUAGAAAAGGUUAAUCAUUGCCUUCACAGUUCGACAAAGUCGUUAUCUUUUCUGAAGAGUUCCUAACAUUGCAUAUUUGUCACAUUCACUGCCGCAUUUUUUCGUUUUUACGGGUUCUUAUAGAGAUUACAAUGAAUUUCUCGUGAUAUAUCUCCUCCUCUCUAUAUGAGAAUUUCUCCGAAUUAGGAAUCCCGACUUUGAGGGUGACCUGCAAUUUGUGCACCUGGUGUUCAAGGAAACUACAAAAUCUAGC